CCCGCCCCUCAUCGGAACCGUUACUCGACCUGAAAAAGCCGUCACGGUCACCGGAUUCCUCCGCGCUCCUGAACUCGGUCUUGCACUACUUCCAAAACCCAGAAGUUCUCCCAAACCGGGUCGAGAUGUUCCAUUUCCGGUCCACGGUCGCGCUGAGGGAGUUAUUUCACAGCCAUCUGAAGCGGCCGCUGGCGGUUCGCGCCGCGCGGAGGGGAGCACCUGCGGCCGCCGCGCGGACCGGCGGACGGUCGCCCGGCAGGGGGAGGGCGCUGUCUGCGUGGACAGCCCCGUCGCGCGCGAACGGGCAGCCCGGGACCAGAGGCUUCUGCUCCAAAGAUGAAGCCGCCAAAGACUCCUCAUCUGAGAAGAGAAGGAAGGCAGGCAUCCUGCCCAGCCUGGAGGACCUGCUCUUCUACACCAUUGCAGAGGGCCAGGAGAAGAUCCCCGCUCACAAGUUCACCACAGCUCUCAAGGCUACAGGCCUCCGCACCGGAGACCCCCGGCUGAAGGAGUGCAUGGAGAUGCUGAAGGUGACGAUGAAGACCACGUCAGACGGAACGCUCGACCGGCACCUCUUCAAAAAGUGCGUUCAGAGCAACAUCGUUCUGCUCACUCAGGCCUUCAGGAAGAAGUUUGUCAUCCCGGACUUCCAGCCUUUCUGCGCCCACAUCGACGAACUCUACGAGAACGCCAAGAAAAUGCCCGGCGGUCAGGUGGCGGACUACAUUCCCCAGCUGGCCCGCUUCAGUCCCGAUCUGUGGGCCGUCGCUCUGUGCACCGUGGAUGGACAGAGGCACACGGUGGGCGACACCAAGGUCCCCUUCUGCCUGCAGUCGUGCGUGAAGCCGCUGAAAUACGCCAUCGCCGUGCACGACCACGGCACCGACUACGUCCACCGCUUCAUCGGCAAGGAGCCCAGCGGCCUGAGGUUCAACAAGCUCUUCCUGAACGAGGAAGAUAAACCCCACAACCCCAUGGUGAACGCCGGCGCCAUCGUCUGCACGUCACUCAUCAAGCAAGGAGCCAGCAACGCCGAGAAGUUUGACUAUAUGAUGAACUUCAUGAACAAACUGGCGGGAAACGAGUACGUUGGUUUCAGCAACGCCACAUUCCAGUCGGAGCGCGAGUCUGGAGACAGAAACUUCGCCAUUGGCUACUACCUGAAGGAGAAGAAGUGUUUUCCAGAAGGAACAGACAUGACCUCCAUCCUGGACUUCUACUUUCAGCUUUGCUCCAUAGAGGUGACCUGUGAGAGCGCCAGUGUCAUGGCGGCGACGCUGGCCAACGGCGGGUUCUGUCCAAUCACAGGCGAGCGCAUCCUGAGCCCCGAGGCGGUCCGAAACACUCUGAGUCUGAUGCACUCCUGCGGGAUGUACGAUUUCUCGGGACAGUUCGCUUUCCACGUCGGCCUGCCGGCGAAAUCAGGAGUGGCCGGUGGGAUUCUGCUGGUCGUUCCCAACGUGAUGGGCAUCAUGUGCUGGUCCCCCCCGCUGGAUAAGUUGGGCAACAGCGUGAGAGGCAUCCAGUUCUGCACGGAUCUGGUUUCUCUCUGUAACUUCCACAACUACGAUAAUCUCCGGCACUUUGCAAAGAAACUGGAUCCUCGUAGGGAGGGAGGAGACCAGAGGGUGAAGUCCGUCAUCAACCUGCUGUUUGCCGCGUACACGGGAGACGUGUCGGCUUUGAGGAGGUUCGCGCUGUCCUCCAUGGACAUGGAGCAGAGGGACUACGACUCCCGGACGGCGCUGCACGUGGCCGCAGCCGAAGGACACGCUGAGGUGGUCCGCUUCCUGCUGGAGGCCUGUAAAGUCAACCCGGUUCCCAAGGACAGGUGGGGGAACACGCCGAUGGAUGAGGCUGUGCACUUUGGCCACCACGACGUGGUCACCAUCCUCCGCGACUAUCACAACCAGUACAGCCCGCAGGACAGCGGCGCGAAGAAGGAAAGCGCGGAGAAUAAGCUGGACGGGAUGCUGUGACGUGGCUCCGCCCACCCAAACCUGAAAGUUUGCAGGAAGGUGUGCCGAGGAACCGAUCCCCCCGACCCCGCAGAGAAGGAGCCGUUUCCGUUCUUCAGUGUAGAUUCGGUCUCUGCGUCUGCAGAGCGGUUCCUCCUGUCAUCAACACAUGGCGGUGGAAUGUACCCCCCCCCAUUGCGAUAUUUAAUCAUGUGACGUGCGCACUCCUGUGUUUGUGUCAGUGACGCUCUAAAAGCCGAAGGCGUGGCGUUCGGCUGCAGUUGCUCGUCCGGCUUUUGCUCUCACCUCUUUUCUGACGUCUAGUUCAACGUCUCUAAAGUUUAGCGACAGAAGCUAAACGUUUUAACUUCUGACAAUGUAAUAAAACGAUGAACCGAAGCAUCCGAAAACGAUUUACUUAAAUUAGCAAUAUAGAUCGAGGUUUUAUUUAUCACAUUUCCUCUUUUAUUUUUUUGAAGAUUUAGCUUUUGGAACAUAGAGUCGGAAGUUCUUCGUACGUGACUCCUCCUUUCUGAACACACCCCUUUUUGCUUAUAUCACUAUCAAAAAACGAUGAACAAGUUUCCUGCUUAGUAUUUACUCUACUUCAGACUCCUCCGUCGUCACAUUUGUUAGUCUUUUUUGUCACGACCCGAACGAUUUCUUAGCUUAUGUAUAUUAGGCUAAUAGGUUAAAGGUCACGGGUCGAAAAAUUUCAGUAAAAACGCUACUAAAAUAAAACCACAGAAACCGAAAGGGGGCAAAGUUAAAAUUAGUUUUAAAAAUGCAUUGCUUACAUUUUUUUUAAAUUAUUUAUAAACAAUCCAAAUCUGUAUGUGAAGUUAGCCUAAAUUUUUUUUCUAAACGAAACAAUAUGUUUGUGUUGCUGUUUUUUUAAAUCCAGUUUCUGUUGACCUCAUAUGACCUCUGACGGUUCAGGAAGUUUGUACAUAUCAGAAGCGACACUGCCAGACUGCAACGACCCAGCCAGAGCUCCGCCCACCAGGAAGUGAGCCCAACAGAGGAACCCGACCUGCUGUUGAAGUGCUAGUAUUCAUCAGACGGUUUCCUCUGUGGAGCGCACACAUACACGCGUGUUUGUGUUUGUGUUGAUGUGUUUGUAACCUCAGGAAAGACGCCGCCGGAGCUUCACCGCCAGUUUUGAACCUGUGAUGUGAGGAAUGUGUUGCACUAGAAUCUUCGUGCCGUUCUUUGUUUGUAACCGUCGUUUCUGUCUUCUUCAAACUCAUGAGAGAAGCACAAAAGUUUUCGUUUGUGUGUGCGGGACGCGUGUCGCAGCGGGAGUUUUCUGAAUGUAACGUCACUUCAGUUUCUUCUUUGUGUGUUAUUUAUGCUGCUGCGGCUCAUUCCGACCUGUCGAGAUAUUUAUUCACCUAUAAAAAUGUUUAAUAAACUUAAAGGACAAAUAAUA